UGCAGGUCUAAUGAGUCAUGUCAUUAACAGCGCCUAAAGCCCUCCUCCCACCCUCCUCCAGCCCACUUCUCUCUAUAUUAGAGGCGCUCCUCUGCUCCAGUCUUCAGAGCAGCAGGCGCCCAGUCAGCGCUCUCUUGUUCUCCUGCAGCUUCAGCUUCAGACUGAAGUUGAUGCUUUUCUCACAUUUUCUUGGAUGUACCUUCAUCUCGCGAAGAUGAGACUUAUUUUUGUCGCUGUUGCGGUUGCAGCUUUGUUGACAGAAAAUCUAGCGCUUCCAGUGGGAAAAGAAGGGCAGAGAGAAGAUGUGGUUACACGCUGUUUGGUUGAAGUCCUGUCCAAAGCUCUUUCCAAACCGGACUCCCAGCUGGAUCAGGAAUGUAAAGAUAUUCUCCAAGCAGGGGUUAAACAUGCCCCGCUGGACAAGAAGAGUGGGGAGGGGAUAGUAACUCAUGGAGAGGUGGCCAAAGGUCAUCCUGAGGCAAAGGCAGCAGAUGUGAAAGACAUCGAGGCUCUCCUACAAUCUGUGGAGGAAAAAAGAGAAAUCCCCGAAGACGAACGCAGCCAAGAAUCCUGGAGUCUGGGUGACGAGAAGGAGAAGAGACACGAGAACGAAGAGGAAGGAGAGCGGGAGAAGAGGAGCAGCUGGAAGCCUGGAAGGUACCACCAAAGGAAAAACAAACGAGGAGAAGAAGAAGAAAAAGAAGAAGAAGACAAUGAGCGCAGUCAGGAGAGCUGGGGGAUCGAGGAAAAGAGAUCCGAAGACGAAGGAGGUGAAGAGCGAGAGAAGAGGAACUGGAGGCCUGGAAGAUACCACCAAAGAAAACACAAACGCAGUGAGGAAUCUUUAGGAGGAGAGAGGGAGGAGCCAGAGGAAGAACGUAGUCAAGAGUCCUGGGAUGUGGACAAAAGGCAAGGGAACGAGGACGAGGAGGAGAGAGACAAGCGCAUAUGGAAGCCCACACAUCGCUACCACCACAAGAAAAAGCUCCACAAACGUGGUGAUGAACCAUUGGAGGAGGAAGAGGAUGGCGAACGCAGCCAGGAGUCCUGGGGUCUCGACAAGAGGGACUGGAGGGCUGGAAGGUACCACCAGAGGAGACACAAACGUGACGAAGAGCUCGCCGAAGAAGCCAGGGAAGAGCCAGAAGAAGAACGCAGCCAAGAAUCUUGGGGUCUUGACAAGAGGGACUGGAGGGCCGGCAGAUUCCACCAGAGGAGACACAAACGUGACGAAGAGCUCUCCGAGGAAGCCAGGGAAGAGCCAGAAGAAGAACGCAGCCAGGAAUCUUGGGGUCUCGACAAGAGGGACUGGAGGGCUGGAAGGUACCACCAGAGGAGACACAAACGUGACGAAGAGCUCUCAGAAGAAGCCAGGGAAGAGCCCGAUGAAGAACGCAGCCAGGAGUCCUGGGACUUUGAUACUGGAAGAGAAAAGAGGGACUGGAGGGCCGGCAGGUACCACCAGAGGAGACACAAACGUGAUGAAGAGCUCUCAGAGGAGGUGAGAGAAGAGCCGGAGGGGGAACGCAGCCAGGAGUCCUGGGGCCUUGACAAAAGACAUGGAAAAGAAGAACAAGAAAUAGAAAAGCGUAUAUGGAAACCGACACAUCGAUACCACCAUAAAAAGAAGUUUCACAAGCGUGGCGGAGGCUCAUCAGAAGAAGAGGAAGAACAGAGGGGUGAUUCAGAGGAAUAUGAGGAGACGGCAAAGGACGGGGACCAAGUAAUGAGGUAUCUAGCAGAAAAGCGCAAUCCAUGGAUUUUCAGAGGUUUCUACCAUCCUGCGUGGUAUAAAAGGGAUUCAGAUGAGCAUGCUGCAACUUCUAACAAGAUGGAUGAACUGGCCAAGUUGCUGAGCUAUAAGAUAAACCAGCUGGCCAGCCAUUCUAAUCAAGAGGAGCCAAAGAGGAGCAUGCACCAGAGAGCACUUACCCCACAGGAGGAGAAAGAGCUCGAAAACCUCGCAGCGAUGGACACGGAGCUGCAGAAAAUCGCUGCCAAGUUGCAUGACAACAGAGCAUAACCAGAAUGCUGUCUUAAUGUAUGUCAGCCAAUUUAGUGUGCUUAGUGUUAAAAAAAGACAAAAAAAAAAAUGAUCUUGGAGCCUUGCCAAAACAUUUUAUCAACUUGUUUAUCAACAUAUUUGUGAUAUUCUGAUGUUAAAUGAAUCGCAUGGGAAUGGUUUUGAUGUUUACAUAUAUAUAUAUAUACAUCUGAGACAAAUUAUUCAAUCAUUGUGUUCUGAAGAGUUUGUUCAGUCUGCACUCAAUAAAGGAGUUAUUCUGGGACCAAACAAAUUACCUCUCAAAUUAUUUCUUGAUGAAAAAAAUAAGUGUACACACAUCAGGCUCAGUACUUCUUUUUAAUCCUGUGCAGAUACAGAUUUAACCCACAGUGAAGCUGCAUUAGCAACUAGAUCAUCAUAACAAAUGUCACUUUCUGCGGGGAAAAU